CUUCUUCAAAAAACGGAACAAUCAUAUACAACUUCUGAGCUCCUUUUCACUAGUAGCAAACCCAAAGGCCACAAUGAAACAUAUUGUGGAAAACAAUGACGAGGGAAGCCCUAGAUUAACACACUAUUACAGAAGGGCACUUUUCAGCUUCAUCAGGUCGAUUCUCCACAGCACAAAUGGAGUAUCAGUACUAACUUUUCACAAAUUUUGCUAACAACUGAGCGUGUAGCCAAAUUACAAACACCACCAGGUACUUGCUGUCGCGAUUAAGGCAGCAGCAGCAGUAGUAGUAGACUGUCUCAAGUCAGUUUGGUCUUCUUGGAUUUCUCUGCAACCUCGUCCUCUGCUUCCUCCUCCGAGCUUUCGUCCUCGUCCUCAACCAACUCAUCAGGAACAUCAGCAGGAACGUUAUGCUUGGUGAUGAAUUCCUUCAGUAUCCUCAUGCUUUCUUCUUUCAUGGCAACCAGUUCCUCGGAGAUGGCAGCACCUUCCCCUUUCGUGGCUGCCACCGAAUGCGUCUCGGAGCCAAGUCUGAAUGUGGCCUUCACACGGAUCCCAAUUCCAUUACCACCAUCAACCUCCAUUUUCUCUCGCACACUCUCUGCAAAAUCAGGGUUCUGCUGCUUCACGAUGGGCCGAUUGAAAAGUUUGCACUUGCUGUUCCUGGAUUAAGAUCGGCACUUUGCGAGAGCGAGAUCGAUCAAAUCAUCCUCCAUCUUCCCAACAGAGAUCUCAAGACAUUCGAGCUCGGGUUCUAUGUUCGUGACAAUCAGGUCAUGUACAAGUUACAUUCCGCCUUGUUCUCUUGUCAUCAACUGAACGCGCUGGAUCUUUGUUACUGCGAGUUCAGACAACCAUCAUGGUUUGUGGGUUUUGGCAAGCUCAACAUUCUUCACAUGCGCCAAGUAAUCCUGCCCACUGAUUUCUUUGAGAAUUUCCUUGGCAAGUGCCCCAACCUUCAAACUCUGCUGGUGGGCGAUUGUGUUGGUCCAAGUAAUAUUGAAGUCGUGGCUCCCCGUCUCCAAAUAUUCACCUUCUAUGGGUAUUUGCUGCAAAUCUGCUUCAAGCAUGCUCCACUUCUGCAGUCACUUGUAAUUGAUCUCCAUGUCCGCGGACAAGGAGUCGAGAAGCCUGUUGUUGACACUGCAGCUUUAUUUGCUUCCCUCCCAGCACUCCAACAAUUUGGACUCGACUUUCAACUCCUACAGUACUUUGCUCCAGGGAAUCAUGUGAGUGCCCCCAUUAGGCUUCCUGCUCCACUUCACCGGAUACAAUCCGUCAACAUAAGCCGUGUUGAUUUGGGUAGCUGGGAGAAGGUGUUUGCUUUUGCUUGUCUGAUCAUGAGUUUCCCCAACUUGCUUUACCUCAGAAUUCAGCGGGAGGCUAGCCAACAAAAUCAUGCAGUAACGAACAUCGGGCGCAUGCUGCUGGCCGUGGGCGGCCAUCGCCGUGGACUGGGUUUUUGUUUGCAGAACCUCAGGGUGUUGGACAUUCAGAACUGUCUUGCUACGCGGAGUGAGCGAGACGUAGUGAGAUGGGUGCUAGCCAUCGCUCCGCUACUGGAGAGGGUUCAGCUUACAUCUUUGCAGACACUUGGCUUCCAAACAAGAUUCGAAUUCAUGAAGGAAGUGCUGAUGUAUCCGCGUGCAUCUAGGAAAGCAGUAGUGUUAUAUAACUGACGAUGACAGAUGAUGAGUGCAGUUAUAUUAUGUUAUGUUACAGUCUAACUAGCUGGCAGAUAUUACAUUGGUUGUAGUAAUGUGGGUGGCAUAGAUAGUCACUAUUUGGGUUAAUAUAUUUGUAUGACCUGAACUUUGACCAAAAUAAACAUCAUGGUUAAUCUUUUUCGAUCUAUAACAUCCUGGCCCAAACUAUACAUCAAAAUAACUAAAUUGGUCAAACCCGACGUUUGAUCGUUAACUUGGACGGUCAAACGUGUUAACUAAUGGUCAACGCGCCACAUCACCGCCCAGUCAGCUGGGACCGUUUAUAAUUGUUUAUGUUUUGGUUAAGUUUUGUACUAAGUGCAAAUGUUUGUGAUUGUUUAUGCAAAUUACCUUAAGAUUUGGGUGUUGAGCUCUCUUAUCCG